UUAUUAUGCUUUUCUUUUCUAGUAUUUUUCUGGGAAUACUAUGUUUGGAGAUAGUGGCACGGUGCAAUCAUACAUUUUUACCACCAUAUUCCCCUCAUCCUACUUUCGUAGAUUCUUGUUUCAUAGUGUUCAUACGAAUCAAAAUUUUGCUUUCCUUUCCCUUUCUCAAUGUGGGUACAUUAUUUAUUGCUUCCCAUCAUUAGUCUCUGAAACUUAUAAUUGGCUCAUUUGACAGUCGAAUUCUUAAAACUCAAACUCCCACAUACUUUUUUAGUUAAGUUUGAUUUCAGAGAUUUUAAGGAAGCUUGAUUUGCAGUCAGAUUCUAUGUUUUAUGGGUUUCUUUUUUUGAGAUUUCUUUGCUACGCUGACAAGAAUUUCUGGGUAGUUUAUUUCGGUCCGUUUCUGUAUCUGGGAUUUUUAAAACAAAAUUCUGUUUGGUAAUUGGAAAAAGCUGGAAUCUUGGGAAUUCCUUGAUUCUUUCUUCGUGGGGUUUGAAGAAAUUCUUAUCUUCCCAAAAUUCGUGGUCUUCUGGACACAAAUUUGAAAAAUUUUGGCUGGAUAUGAGAGCAUGAUCGUCUUUAUUUUUCACUGAUUUUAGUGGUUUAUAGUUCUUUUUAUUUUUUUUUUAUUUUUUUUUAUUUUUAAAGAUUUGGCCGUGGGGGGUGGUUAUAAAUUUUUGAUAAAAAUAGCACAAUUUCAGAGAAGGGCUCGAAUUUUACAUAUUUGAAGCGAAUUUUUCUUGGGUAAUCUAUUAAUUCGAUGAAUUUACUUAACCUAAUUGGAUUUGGGCUGAAGGUAUGGCGUCUGGUUUUGAUGUUAUGUUGCUGGUGUUUGCCUCUGAUUUCUUAUACUCGGUUAAGUAAUAAUGGUGAAGUGAUGAGCACCAAAAGUGGUUUAUUUAGUGAUGGAGGGAAAAUAUGGAUGAAAUUGUGGAAACAUAUUUCAGAGUGUUUCUACAAGAUUCACCAUCAUUAUUCUGUGCAUAUCGGGUCGAGGAAAAACUGGUGGAGGAAGCUUUUAGGGGCGUGGAUCGUGUUUUGGAUCCUAAUGGCUUUUGGGAUAUUCUGGUGUAUGAGUUCCCAAACGGUUGAGAAGAGGAAAGAAUCACUUGCUGGUAUGUGUGAUGAGAGAGCUAGAAUGCUGAAUGAUCAAUUCAAUGUUAGCAUGAAUCAUAUUCAGGCCAUGUCGGUUUUGAUUGCAACUUUCCACCAUGGGAAAAACCCUUCUGCUAUUGAUCAGAGAACUUUCGCGAGCUAUACCGAAAGAACGGCAUUUGAGAGGCCUCUUACUAGUGGAGUGGCAUAUGCUGCAAGGGUUCUCCAUUCUGAAAGAGAGCAAUUUGAGAUUCAACAAGGAUGGACUAUUAAGAGAAUGGAUAGUGUUGAACAAAACCCAGUUCACAAAGAUGAGUACAAUCCAGCAGACCUCGAGCCAUCCCCGGUGCAGGAGGAAUAUGCCCCUGUUAUCUUUGCACAAGAUACUGUUGCACACAUUAUAUCCAUUGAUGUGCUGUCAGGAAAGGAAGAUAGUGAGAAUGUAUUGCGUGCGAGAGAGUCAGGAAAGGGUGUCCUCACUGCGCCUUUCCGGCUACUCAAAACAAACCGCCUUGGAGUAAUACUGACGUUUGCUGUCUAUAAACGAGAUCUUCCGCCUUAUGCAACCUCAAGUGAAAGGACCGAAGCAACUGCCGGAUAUUUUGGGGGAAUCUUCGAUGUUGAAUCCCUCGUAGAAAAACUACUUCAACAGCUUGCUAGCAAACAGGUUAUCCUUGUUAAUGUGUAUGAUACUACUAAUCUCUCCGAUCCGAUUAGCAUGUAUGGUUCAAACAUAUUGAAUGAUGGGAUGCAUCAUGUAAGUGCCCUUAACUUUGGAGAUCCAUUCAGAAAGCAUGAGAUGCAUUGCAGAUUCAAACUAAAACCACCAUGGCCGUGGGGUGCAAUAACUACGUCAAGUGGCAUUCUUGUAAUUGCAUUGCUCAUUGGGCAAAUAUUCCAUGCCACAAUGAACCGGAUCGCUAAAGUUGAGGAUGAUUACCAUGAGAUGAUGGAGCUAAAGAAACGUGCAGAGGCUGCCGAUGUUGCAAAGUCACAGUUUCUUGCUACUGUUUCCCAUGAAAUCAGAACCCCAAUGAAUGGUGUUCUUGGAAUGCUGCAUAUGCUUAUGGAUACAGAUUUAGAUGAAACUCAAGAAGAUUACGUAAGAACUGCUCAAGAAAGUGGUAAAGCUUUAGUUUCACUCAUAAAUGAGGUUUUGGACCAAGCAAAGAUUGAAUCAGGUAGACUUGAGCUUGAGGCAGUGUGCUUCGAUUUGAGGGCCAUUUUGGAUGAUGUUUUAUCACUAUUUUCUGGAAAAUCACAAGAAAAGGGAGUCGAGUUGGCAGUUUAUGUCUCUGAUAAAGUCCCUGCUGUACUAGUUGGUGAUCCAGGAAGAUUUCGACAGAUUAUUACAAAUUUGAUGGGCAACUCGAUCAAAUUCACUGAGAAAGGACACAUAUAUGUGACUGUCCAUCUUGUCGAAGAAGCUGUGAAUUUGAUGGAACUGGAAAUGGAAUCACCUUCAAAUAGCACUUUGAGUGGGUUGCCUGUAGCCGAUAGAUGGCGAAGCUGUGCAGGAUUUAAAGCUUUUAGUCGGGAGGAAUCUGUUCCCACGUAUUCCUCAUCCUCGACUGACCAAGUUAAUCUAAUUGUAUCAGUGGAGGACACGGGUCAAGGCAUCCCAUUAGAAGCACAAUCUCGUGUAUUCACCCCGUUCAUGCAAGUUGUCCCCUCCAUAACCAGAACGCACGGUGGCACAGGUAUUGGACUAAGCAUAAGCAGGUGCUUGGUCCAUCUCAUGAAAGGUGAAAUUGGCUUUGCAAGUUUGCCGCAGAUUGGAUCCACCUUUACUUUCACAGCUGUUUUCACUCGUGACUGUUCCAAUGCCAAUGACCAGAAGAGUCAGCAAAUCAACAACCAGUUGAAGUCCAUUUCUUUAGAAUUCCGGGAAAUGAGAGCUUUACUUGUGGACCCCAGGCCCACCCGUGCAAAGGUCUCUGUAUACCACAUUGAGCGACUUGGAAUCCGUGUUGAAGUAGUUCGUGAUCUGGAUAAUGGUUUCUUUAGCAUAAAUACCGGAAACUCACCGCCAAAUGUAGUUUUCAUUGAAUGGGAAGUUUGGGAUAAGGACUUAACCUUGUCGACUCUCUUUGUCAACAAAUUAAGGAGUCUCAAUUGUGCAGUUACUCCUAAACUAUUUCUGUUAUCUGGUACAAUAAGUUCUACUCGAGCCAUAGUUUCCAGUGUUUUCACUCCAUCUGUAAUCAUGAAACCGUUAAGGGCAAGUUUGCUCACUGCAUCCCUACAGCACUCCAUGGGCGUCAGGAACAGAGUAAAUCAUCGCAAUGGGGAGCUUAGUACAUUGUCCCUCAGAAAUCUUCUUCGUGGUAGAAAGAUUUUAGUAGUAGAUGACAAUUUGGUGAAUCUCAGAGUUGCCACAGGUGCCUUGAAGAAAUAUGGUGCUGAUGUGGUCCAUGCAGAAAGGGGCAAAGAAGCAAUCUCGCUGCUAACUCCACCCCAUCAUUUUGAUGCCUGUUUCAUGGAUAUCCAGAUGCCGGAAAUGGAUGGGUUUGAAGCUACACAGAGGAUUAGGGACAUUGAAUCUAGUAUUAACAACCGUAUCCGUACUGGAGAACUCUCUUUAGAAGCUUACAGAAAUAUUUCGACUUGGCACACACCCAUAUUGGCCAUGACAGCUGAUGUAAUUCAAGCUACAAACGAAGAAUGCCUGAAGUAUGAAAUGGAUGGCUAUGUCUCCAAACCUUUCGAGGCUGAGCAACUUUAUCGAGAAGUUUCACGCUUUUUUCAGACAGCGUCAAAUGAGAAUCCUAGGACGGAUUUUCUGUUUGAUGCUGACGAUGUUACAAGCACGGGCCCUGUUCCUCGUGGCAUGUUGGAGUCUUAAAUUGGCUGUAAGUAUUCUCCAACUUUGAGCACAUAAUAUCGAAGGAUCUAUGUUCAUGAUCUCGAGUCAUUACCGUAAUUGCCAAUCUUGACGAGAAAUGCAGCGUGAUGUCUAUGUGAGAACUUCAUUGAAACAAGAUAAUCUGAUGUAAUUAUAGCCAAUUACUCAUUCGUGGCUGGCAUUAUUAUAUGUAAAAUGCUUUUUCAUUUAGGGGAAUAGUGUUUAUUCCUUGUAGUGAAUGAACAGCAAUAAAGCUUAU